AUGUCAACCAAUGUUAACGAAGAAAGGAAAAGGCUAAAAGAAUUAUCAACUGAGGUUAUUGAGCUUGAAAAAGAAUUCAAGAAACAAGAACAGCUUAAAAGACGAGCGAAAAACGCGGAAUCAGCCGCGGAAUUAGAACAAGAAGUAGAGUUUUUGCGUAAUAGUCUGAAAGACGUGUACGAAGACAUUCUCUUGACUGAUCUAAAGUUCGCAAUCGAAAACAACAUUGAAGAGAAACUCUGGAGAAAUAUUUUCUACGGUCACGUCGAAGAACUUAGGCAAAAACUGCGAAAAAUUAAAUCUGAGAAGGUAUCAGAUGAUCACCAAGCGGCAUACCUUGAAUUGUGUCGAUAUCUUGAUUUAGGAACUGGCUUUUAUCACACUCUUAUAAAUAAUUUAAAGAUUCGGGAAAAUAUCGAUUUAGAUCGAAUUGGCGUUGAACUAUUUAAAAAAGCAACUAACGGGGAGAUCAAAAAUCAUUCUCCUUCCUCGCCAACUAUCUCAAAAAUCCGCAGACAAGAACUUGCAGCUGAAUGCAUUCAACGUUGUCUUAUUUAUCUUGGGGACUUUGCUCGGUAUCGUGAAACUGUUAUUACAGCAGUGGGUGAACGACGCUGGGAAUUUGCUCAGCAGUUUUAUAUCAAAGCGACACGAAUUGUUUGCGAUUAUGGAAAAGCACAAGGUCAAUUAGCUGUUUUGGCUGCAUAUAGUAACAAUGAUUUAGACGUUGUUUAUUGGUAUUCACUUAGUCUUGCAACAAAACAACCCUCUCCUAUCGCUGCAGAUAAUCUUAAAACCUUUUACACAAAAUUCCAACAAUCAGAAAACACUCGCAUUAUUACUUCACCUUUAACUGGAGUAGACGAAUUCGCCAGAUGUUUCUUAUCAAUUCAUCGUCUACUUUUUGAUGAAGACAUUGCUGGUCUUAAGAAAAAAGCCGCAGAGAUUGGGGAAUUAAAAGAUCGUUUCGAACGUUUAAUAAAUUUGCCGUCAGACAGUAAUUCUAAUUUAGGCACAACCCUAAAGAAAAUCAUUCUUAUUCUACUAAUUACAUAUUGGGAUUAUCGAAAUGGAACAGCUCCGGAUCGUAUUAUCGAGCUACGUUAUGCACAAAUCGCAAUAAUUAGCAUAGGGAUAGGCUUUUCAAUCCAUAUUUUGGAUCAUUUGCAUAACGCUUUGAUGAAUUUAGUAAAUGGGGAAAAUGAACAUUCUUUGCGGAGCUCAGUGACAGAGUGUCUGCCCGCUGUGGUUUUUUGGUGCGAGUAUAUUGGGCUAUCAUUCGAGUCUUUUCUACAAUUAUAUACUUAUUCAAAAAGCGCGGAAAAAGAGGAUGUUAUGCUGGUUUCGCAGUUUCUGACGAAUAUUACGGAUUUUGCCAAAUCAUUAGCCAAAACACUUAAUCUUUCCCGACUUCAGAUGAUUUUAGGUGAUCAUCAUCUCAACGCAUUUUCACUAGAUUCGCUGCCGGAAGAUUUGGAAUUUCUUGGAAUUAUCCCGUUGCGACCGUUGCAGCAGAAUCUGCGUUUCAAUAUUGGUGCAGUUGGUGAUCCAUUUAAGACGCGAAUGGCUAGACUAUAUAAUUUUGCGAAAAAAUUGGCUGAUUCGAAGUCUUUUGAAAUAUUAGAGUUUAAUGAGAAAAUAGGACAAUUUGCUUUCGUUGACGAGGAGGCCAAGAAAAAAGAACGUCGACGUGUUAUGCAAUUGAUGGCCGAACAACGUUUACAAGAGCAAGUGACUUCGCUAGAACAAAAUCUUCAAAAGAUGAGUGUUCCUGCACGUGUCAACCCAAAACUUUCAUCGCCUAUUAUGCCCACAAAACAAUGUGUAGUUGAUAUUACGGUUGUGUUGAAUCAUUUGAAAUUAAUGCGAAAGUGGACAUCAGAGGCUAAAUGCCAUGUGAUUAUUCCUUUGGAAGUAAUCGACUUGUUAGACUCAAUAAAGAAAGGUGAUAAUCAAGAAAAUGCUCGUGCACGUGAAGCAAUCCGAUUUCUCGAUCAGCAAUUUCGAAAACGUCAAGACAUCUCCAACGAUGAAAAGCAACAACCCAAUCAACAGCAUCAUGGAUCUCAUUUCUUCAUUCGUGCUCAAAAAGUUAACGAAAAGAUUACACCUUGGGAUAAAGUUGCCGAAUAUUAUUAUGAAAACGUUAACGAUGAUACAGAAAAUAACAACGAUGAAGAAUCAUUGGAACCUGAUAAUAAUCAUAAUCAUCAUCAACAACAAAGCAAUGGAAACUUUGAAGUGAUGGAUGUGCCAAGAAAUUAUCGCCAUCUUUUGAGUUGUGUUAUUUAUUAUUAUCGAGUUGCCAAAAUUGAGGACAUCGUUUUGGUAACUGAUGAUUCUCAACUAAUCGAUUAUGCCAAAAUGUUUAAGCUCCCUGUUUGCACCCCAUUGAGUAUCAAUAAUUCGUCAUGCGAUGAUUGUAAUUAG